CUUGGAUUCUUCACUGUGUCUCACAUCUCUUUGUCUUCUCCGCCUCCUCCGAUCUCACUCCGAUCUCUCUACGAUUCAUUCUUCUAUGGCUUCCAUUGCUACUUCUGCUUCUACUUCUCUCCAAGCUCGUCCUCGUCAACUGGUGAUUGGGGCUAAACAAGUUAAAAGCUUUAGCUAUGGAAGCAGAAGCAAUCUUUCUUUUAAUCUUCGCCAGCUUCCUACCCGCUUGACUGUUUACUGCGCUGCAAAACCUGAGACAGUGGACAAGGUGUGUGCAGUUGUCAGAAAGCAACUCUCACUCAAAGAGGCUGACGAAAUUACCGCUGCCACCAAAUUUGCUGCACUUGGUGCUGAUUCCCUUGAUACGGUAACUACUUUCUCAUGUCUAAUAAUUGGAUUCAACUUUUGAAAUGGGAUUGUUCAUUGGACUUAUUGAUGCAUAAUCAAUGCCUCUUUAAACUUGUAUCCUGCUUUCAAGCUCAUAUUGUCGAAUGUUUAGAUUGCAAGUCUUGUGAAGGAUCGCUGCUUCUCCUUAUACACACAUCUCUAAACAUGUUACUGAGAUACACAUACUCAUGAUUCUUGUUAUAUUGUUAUGGACGUACUCAUGCUUCGUGUGUCGGGGUUCCAGGUGGAGAUAGUUAUGGGAUUAGAGGAAGAGUUUGGGAUUGAAAUGGCGGAGGAGAAAGCACAGUCUAUCGCCACAGUUGAGCAAGCAGCUGCACUCAUUGAGGAGCUCUUGUUGGAAAAGGCCAAGUAGAAAAUCCUUUACUACAUUAGCAAAAACGAAAAAAACCAAAACCCAAACCACUAUCUUCUUAUUGUUUGGUUAGCUAGAGAGCAAUUGUGUCCGUUGAGAUUUUAUGCUAUUUUCGGAUAAUUAUUACAAGGCUUGUAUUUUAAUAUUUACUUUCGUCUGAAACAUUUUACUUUCACCUUUAAAAUAUUAGUACUUUCUGGUAUUCAAACAUAAGUUUUAAAUAAUAUAAUAUGGUUGAUGAUCUAAUGAAAGAUUUGAGUGCUUG